AUGGCAGCAAUGUCGGGUCCCCGAAUAUUCGUUGGCAAGGAGUCACAUCCUGUCACCACCCCAGCUGUUCGCUCACGCGGACCAGUCACUCCAGUUGAAAAUGGUGAUGGCACAAUAUUCGUAUCGAUUCCGUCCUAUCGAGACGGGGAACGUUGCGGAGAGACUCUGAAAGCCCUUUUUGAAAACGCAAAGAAUCCUGAUAAGAUUUUUGUGGGAUUAGUGGAACAAAACAACGCAGAAGAUAAAUUUUGUAUGGAACAGUACUGCAGUUCAUACGGUGUUCAAACAAUCAAGCGAAACAAAAUUCGGGAAGAUAUGUUCAAAGUUGUCGCUGAGAAGCGCCGGGGGGAUUGCCCACGCUUUGAUCAAAUCGGCUACGUUGCAUACCACAAUAUCAAUGCAAAGGGUCCUAUGUUGGCCCGAAGCUUGGCACGUAAAGUUUUGGGUAACGAAGAAUUUUGUAUGCAAAUUGAUGCCCACACGGACUUCGCAAAGGACUGGGACGAAAUUUUACGUGACCAGUGGAAAAGAACGAAAAACGAAUUUGGAAUCCUGUCAACUGUUCCACCACCGAAGUCAGCAAAGGCUGACUAUUCACCUGGAGGAUCAGAAGAAAACGAUGUUCCCCGCCAGUGUAUGGUAAAAUUUCGCGACAAUGGCUUUCCGGAUUACGAAUCGCCUGCUGAUGGUCGAGCGUUGGAACUGACGGAGCCACUUUUGUCCUUAGGAUGGUCUGCUGCUUUCUCAUUUGCCAAGUGCCAUCUGGAAGAGACUACGCCAUAUGAUCCAUUUUCUUACUAUGCCAUGCCCGUCGAACAGUUCUCUCGAUACGCUCGUUUCUGGACAAGAGGAUAUGACACGUAUACGCCUACAAAAAAUGUGGUGUUUCACGACUUCGAAUUGCAGGCGAACGGUCAUGGCAACAAUGAGUGGUUUAAGCGUCAAAGAGAUCGCUUUCGUAAGAUGGCAAUCAAGCGAGCGAAGACACUAAUUCAUGCCACAUAUCCGAAGCCGACGGAUGUAGAGCUGGCGAAUAUGGGGAUAUAUGGCCUCGGUAAACGUCGAACAUUGGAACAGCUGGCUGACUUUGCGAAUAUCGAUUUUACCAUACCACGUGGGAAUACGGGUGCAAGUUUGAAAUGUUCAGAUCUUGAAUGGGUGGCGUAUGAUGCAUCUAUUUCCCCGGUGGAAAAUUUAUACGACAAACCCGAUAAUCUUGAGUCUCAGCCCGAGUAUCCGAGGCGUACAAAGCUUGUCUAUUAUGAGCAAGUAGAAGAGCCGUUACCUCUGCCGGAAAUGACAACAUCAACAAAUAUUCGACCUCACGAGCAGGUAGUCGAUACGUUUGAGAAUGUAUCUGAAACGAAUACCAACUUGCCGUCAGCCUCCUUAAUUUUUGUUCUCUGGACCUUUGGUUUGAUUGUGUGGUGUGCCAUGUUUGCCAGCACUGGAUCCAAAGCGCAACGGCCCGCACGAAGAAAGAAGGCAGCAAUGGCAAAAGAUGUCUAAGAAAAUCUGCGCAACUAGUCUUUCAACGCAGUAAAGGAGUGGGUCCUGGCAGUUAGUAGCAUCCAUGAUUACGUAUCUCCUUUGGUAAAAUUAGGAUAUUAAGAAAUCGUGAUUAAGG